AUGGAUGUUCAGAUUGCAGAGAAUUGGGAUAACUGGGAAGUGAAUCAGCAGAAUAACCAGAAUGCAGAUCUUGAGGACCUCCUGGAUGCUGUGCAGCAGGAGGAAUUGGCCUGGGCAGAUGGGGAAGAACUGCUUCCAGCACCUAGCAACAGUAGUCUAUCUUCAGACAUGUCCUUCUCUGAAGGAGAUAACACAAAUAUGCUUUUGCCUCCUGUUGCAGUGGAGGUUUUGAUUCCUAGGGCUGCAAUACCUGCUUUUUUACCUCCUCCUGCUAUUGUGACUGCCAAUGGCCUGCAAAACAUCAUCCAGGCCUAUCAGUCAGAUGAUGAAGAGCCUCCUUUGUUGCAUGAGCAGAUCCAGGAUGCUGCUAUGAUCAAGAUGUGGAUCCCCUUCCUCUUGUAUUGCAAGUAUACAUUGGAGUCUGUUUUGGGCCCUGCUUUACCUUUAGAUGCUGUGGCAACUGCUGAGCAAAUUCAAUCCUCCCUUGCUGGUGGAUCUUCCAGUGAAGUCUUGGUUUGCAGUUCUGAUCAUAUAAAUACCUCUAGAGGAAGCCUACAGCCAGUUGAGAACUUGGAGGAUCUUCAAUCAGGGCUCCAAGAAGGCAUGCUGCUAUGGAAACAACACUUUCAAGAGCAAUCUUUGGAAAACAAGAGUUCUUUCUCUACCAACAUUCCUGCCAUGGAGGAAUGUGAUAAGGACAAGGGCAAAGAAAAUAUUGGAGUGACUGCCAAUAUGCAGGAUGUGGAGUCCCAGGCCCUUCUGCAUCCUUUUGGCCAAGAUAACCUUAGGAAGAGAAGGAGUGGAAAAACUCCACUGGUUGAAACAGAGGUUGCUGAGAGGGAGCUGGAGGACAAGCUGGCUAAGAAGCCCAAGAGAAGGCAAGAGGAUGUUUUGGACAAGAGACAGGAUUCUGAAAUCUUUGAUAACCUUGAAUUACCUUUCACUGAAGAAGAAAUUGAGGUUGUGGUCAAAGAUCUCCCAACUGACAAAUCACCAGGCCCUGAUGGUUUUAACAAUGAAUUUCUCAAGUCUUGCUGGGACAUUAUUAAGGGAGAUGUGCUCAAAUUCAUAUAUGAUUUUCAUUCAGGGCAAAUUUCACUUGAGAGCUUAAAUACUUCAUUCAUAACUCUCAUUCCCAAAGGGAGUACCCCCUUGACAGCAAAUGAUUUUAGGCCAAUCUCUUUACUGAACUGCUGUCUGAAGCUUGUUACUAAGUUGCUGGCAAACAGGUUACAGAAGGUGAUUCUCAAGUUAGUUCACAUCAAUCAAUAUGGUUUUCUUAAAGAAAGAUCCAUUCAUGAUUGUUUGGAUUGGGCAUAUGAAUAUCUACACCAAUGUCAUAAGUCUAAGGAAGAAAUCAUUGUACUUAAAUUGGAUUUUGAAAAGGCUUUUGACACCAUUGAACACCAGGCAAUGCUGGAUAUUUUAAAGGCAAAAGGUUUUGGAGACAGAUGGAUUACAUGGAUCAAAAUGCUGUUCACCUCUGCUUCAUCUGCUAUCUUGCUCAAUGGUGUUCCUGGCAAGAAGUUUUAUUGCCUUAGAGGUGUCAGGCAGGGGGACCCUCUGUCCCCUCUUCUUUUUGUGCUUGCUGCAGACCUACUUCAGUCAGUUCUAAAUAAGGCCAUGCACCUGGGUUUGCUAAACUCCCCCUUGCAAGUGGAGUCAUGUCCUGAUUUUCCAAUUCUCCAAUGCCACUAG